UUCAAGUCCCCAACAGGGAGGCCUUGUCUGACGGAGCGGCGUUGGCCAGACUUCAGAGCAUGCUUUUCUUUGGGCUAUUAGAGGGCGUUUUUUAUACAUCACUUACAUUCAACGACUACGUCUUUGAAGCCCCGGAAGGGCCUGUCCUUCACUGCUCUAAGACCCAUCAUCGAGGACUAUUUUGCAGAGGUAUACCGACUCGGAAACACAGCCGAUAACAUCAUCUUCGCUGGAAUGGCAUGCACACUGCGCAGAGAGUAUCGAACUCUAUGCCAAUGGUGUGUGCUUCUGAAGGCCGGUUUCAGAGACGCUAAAUCCCGCGAUUCUACUAUUAGAGUUCUUUGUCGCCAAGCAUUUCUAAUUGAAGACAUUCUUAGCACGCUAAAUAGAACUUUCGAGGCCAUGGGCAUCGACAGGCAGCUUGAUCAAAUGGGUCAGUUAGUUGUCGACGACGACUUCUACCUGAGUCGACUGAAAGCAAGCAGUAUUUGCCCCUCACUAUACACAAGGCUCAGAACAUGGGGGAUCAGUGAGCUUGAAUAUGCUUGCGUUCUGCAGGAUGACAGUAGCGUGCAAGAAAAUCGACACGACCACUGCACUCCUGGCGCUUGCAGUACGAAUAGUUUGUCAACUUCGACAUUCCAAGCUCGCCAUAUGAAGGACGAUUGCAAAUGCGACUGGAUAAAAAUUUCGAUCCCAAGUAUUCGAAACGCUCUAGAUACUGACAAUUACUUUGUCCUACACAUUCCUACUCUCAUUGACACACGAAGCAACCCAAGCGACGCCGUGCGACUCUACUCAAGGAGUCUCCAAUAUGUCGCAGUCUCUCACGUCUGGUCUCACGGAGCAGGAAGUGGUGCCGAUGAUGGAUUGGCAAGAUGUAGACUGCAAUCAUUUAUCAAUAAAUUGCCUGGCCAGUCAUGAUUGGAUUUGGUUGGAUUCACUUUGCAUUCCUCGAGACGAGGGGCUGAAGAUGAAGUCAAUAUCGAUGAUGGAGAGCAUCUACCGUAAUGCUGCAGCUGUAGUCUCGAUCGACCAGGAUCUGCUGUCUUUGUCGACCGAAACCUCAACCUGGCACGCGCUUGCCAUAAGAUUUUUGACUUGUGACUGGAACCGGCGCCUUUGGACAUUUCAAGAAGCUAUUCUAGUUAAACAGCUCUACGCUGCCUUCAAAGUUCGCACUAUUAAAGUGCAAGAUCUGAGUGAGUCACUGAAAGAUCAAUCAAACCUAGUUGAGACCUUGUUAUGGGAGCUACGUCGUCUCGGAUGUACCGAUUCAACGAAUUUCACGUUCAAGCUGAUGAUGCUCCAGGAUCGAUCAAGCAG